UUAUUAACCGCGACUUUCUGCCUGUUUAAGUUAGGGGAUGACCUAAUCAUGCAUGUUAUUACACAAGUCAAUUAUUGGUUACUUACAUUUGGACAUUUAGGAGAACAACACGUCAAGGUCUACUUCCAUAGAGUCAUAUAGGGUAGCGGGAGGAAAUAAACUUCAAGAACAGAUCACGUAUACUAAAGAGAGACAAAUAAAUCUGAUAAAAUCUACUAGCAUUGAAUGCCGAUGGCAAAGGACAGAACACAAUUGCAUAUUUAGGUUGAAAAAGCACUGCAGUUAUGUAUUACAUUGACAUAAAUUAGAAGAGGUUUGGUGAUUAAACAGUAAUUCGAAGCAAGCAUACAUUUGAUAUUUGAUGCAUAGUACAUGCACAUAUAUCAUAGGUGAAAAACAUGGCAGCUCGUAAAAUACAUUUGACUUUUAUUUUCGUUUGCAUUGGUUUAAUAGUUUUUAUCAAUUUAAAUUACUUGACAACACACUACAAUUAUAAAACUGGGACGCGAAACAAAAGUCAUAUACUUGACGAAUUUGAUGAAAAGCUAUUUUCAGCUUCGAAUGGAAACAUAAAUCAGCCAUUGGAUAAGGACACUCUAUCGCUAACAUCGAACAAAGAAAGUAAUACAUUUGAUGGGAAUUUGCAGUCCAAUAAUACUGGUUGGAAAUGUAAUCUGUUUAUCUUUUUCGGAACAAGACCGGAACUUAUCAAAUUAGUCGUACUAAUUCAAGAGCUAAGAGAAUCCACAAAUUGCAUCGCAAAAACUGUAUUCACUGGGCAACAUGUGGAAAUAAUCUCUCCGUUUCUCAAACUUUUUGAUGUAGAGAUAGAUAUCACAUUCAAACAUACACUACAAAAAGGCCAGUCGCUGAAUAGUUUAGUAGGCAAAAUAUUUUUACAGGCAAAUACACUUCAAUCGAACCCGAGAGACAUUUGGAUAGUUCAAGGUGAUACAACUUCAGCAAUGGCAAUAGCAAUAGCAGCUUUUCAUAAAGGAAUUCGAAUUGCUCAUGUUGAAGCCGGGCUCCGUUCGUAUGACAUGCAGUCUCCUUUCCCAGAGGAAUUUAAUCGUAAAACAAUCACAUCUAUCGCUACCUAUAACUUUGCUCCAACUGAACAAAAUCGUAGAAAUUUACUCUUUGAGGGAGUAGAUAGUUCUCGUAUAUUUGUAACCGGAAAUACAGUUAUCGAUGCAGUUAAGUACAUACAAUCAAGAAACCAGACUAAAAUGCCUAUUGAACUGAAAGGCUUAUCUAUUGAAAUGCUAGUCCUCUUAACAAUACACCGAAGAGAGAACAUGUCUAGAAUGACAAAAUUGUACAAUAUCAUAAAAUCUGUCGAUUGUCCGAAGUGUUUGUUUGUAGUGCCAUUACAUCCAAACCCCAAUGCUGCUAGACCUGCAAUACACAUUUGCAAUGUAGAUAAAAGAUUUCUUUGUACUUCUCCUUUAUCUUAUGAAGAACUCCACUGGGUUUUAAAAAAAUCAAAAUUCUUAUUAACUGAUUCUGGUGGACUGCAAGAAGAAGCAACAUGGUACAAUUUACCAACAUUGGUUCUAAGGAAUAACACGGAACGAGUAGAAUGUCUCAUGGAAGGUUUGUCGACUCUAGUAAACGAAGAAACUUUAUCUACUGCAAUGAACAGUUUGAUUUCAAACACAAAAAAUAAAAACGAAACAAAUAAAUAUCCUUAUGGAGAUGGCAAUGCUUCUAGAAAAAUUGUUAAUACACUUACUGCAAUUGAUCUGUCUAUACACAGCAUAAUUCAAAGGCCGAUCGAUUUCACACCACCAUCAAACCAUUCUAUCGCCGACUUCACACCACCAUCAAACAAUUCUCUUGCCGAUUUCACACCACCAUCAAACCAUUCUAUUGCCGAUUUCACACCACCAUCAAACCAUUAUAUUGCUGAUUUCACACCACUAUCAAACCAUUCUAUUGCCGUUGUUCUUCAAGUCUUUAAACGCGAAACUUUAGAUCAGCAGUUAAGUGAUGCAGUGUCACAAACACUACAGCCUUCUACAAUUGUAGUACUACAAAAUGGAUUCCAUGUCAAUGUAGCAGAAACAAUUAAAAUUUUCCGUAUACAAAAUCCAAAAAUAGAAAUCCAACAUAUUGCAUCAAGUAAGAACUUGCGUUUCCAUGGCAGAUUUCACAUAGCAUAUAUGUUAGAAGAGGAUUAUGUUUCUGUGUGGGACGAUGACUUAGAAAUAGGAAAAGAAUGGUUAAAGUAUUGUGUUGAUCUUUCUAAAACAUAUCACAAUGCCGUUAUUGGUGCUAACGGAAGAUCAUUUAUAAAAGUACAUCUGAAGACGUAUAUGAUGGUACAGGAAGAUCGAUUAGGAUUUAAUGAUUUCGUUGGUCAUACCUGGACCUUACCUCGCGUGUUUCUGAAGGCUUAUGUGACAAUGACACCGUUUACGCUCUACACUGGUGAAGAUGUUCAGCUAGCCUAUGCAAUGCAACAAAUUGGUAUCAAGUGUUUUCGACCACAACAGAGUGGACAGAAAUUUGCCAAAGAUACAUCGAGCACAAAGGAUAAAAACGCAUCGUUUAGAACUAACCAAACACCUAGAGAAUUAUUAUUUUGCACACUUUUAAUGCAGAAUUUUAGAUAUAUAAACUGCAUUAACUGUAAUGAUUCACAUAUUAUCGAUGAAUGUUUAAGUAAACAUUAUGUUCGAGCUAUGGCUGUAGAAAAGGCUACGAUCGAAAAAGACAAAACGGAUAAUAUCCAUGCAUGGUCAUAAUCAACAUCCUUUUUUUAUUUAACUUAUUUCUGAAAUUUUAAUCAUUUCUGACAAAAGAAUGCUAGGUGAAUAUGUCACUGACUUUAAGAAAUGUAGGUGAAACCAGGUUGAAUAAAGCUUAGAAUAACUCAAAUGCGGAACGUUUUAUAGAAGCCACGUUACGCACGAUAUUGGUGUCACUUUGGAAAUAUGGAUUAGAUGGCGGGUUAUUCAAAAUAAAUCUCUUAUCAUAUACA